CUUAUGCAAUGCACUUCAACGAGAUGUUUUUAUUCGCAAACUUUUAAAAACGUAUUGGCAAUUAAAAUAUUUUUGUAAAAUUUGAAUGAUAAAAAUUGAGAUAGAGAUACUGUUUUUGCAAAAUAGUUAAAUAUAAUAAUUAAUAAAUAAGAAGAAACUUACUAAAUUAGAAAAAAAGAACAAGAAUAUAAACGAUAUCUAAUAAUUUUUUAUCAUAACAUAAAUUAAAAGAUAUUUUUAUAAUAUAAUUGUAUAGUUAAAAAAUACAAAACCACGUAUUAGAAGGAAAUUGAAUUGAACAAAAUACAAGGAUGGUUUAAAUAUCUGCGGUCGAUAAAGUAGAUCAUCUAACUAUAUUCUGUACUACACAUUGCGGUAAAUUUACACAAAGUACGAAAUAUGAACUUAAAUUAUACUUAAUUAGUUCUGGUAAUAUAAUCUACAUAUUUACAUUUUACUAAUAUAAAUUUAUCAAGUUAUGCUACAGAUACAUAUAGAACAGUUGCUCUCGAAUCAAAUUUUAGUUAUACUAACUACUCGAUACUUUAUUUAUAUAAUUCUACAAAAAAAUAUAGGUAUGAUUGUUAAAAUUUAGCAAUUAUUGUGAAUUAUAUACUGCUGAUCUUCAUAACAUAUUUACCAUAUGAAACUUUUUAUUACUUUUAAUGUAUGUAUAAAUAUGUUUUUAUCAUUUAAAAUCCAAAUAUAUGAUUAAAAAACUAUAAUAAUUAUUUUUAUUUACAGUCAAUUAUGGAAUCUUUAAUAAUAACUGAAGCAUAUAACUAUAACUAGAAUUUUUACAUAUAUACAUUUUUAGAAAAAGUUGCAUUUUUACGUUUUCAUCAGUAAAUAUAUGUUACAAAAAAUUCCAUUAUUCUACACUGUGAAUCUCUUCCCAAAAUUCGCACAUACGACCUUGUAGCUUAAUAAUAAAUCGUCGUUCAUCCGAAUAACGCUUAUUAGAGACGCUACUGUAGAUUGAAUAAGUAAAGCGAAUACGCGAUGAUGCGGGCGUAGACACGAGAAAUAAAAAGGAAAGACUAGGAGAGAAAAACUCGCGAAAGAGUCAGUGUAGCUGAUAAGAUUGGCGAGGGCUGUCUAUCUCUUUCCUUUUUCUGCUUUGAAAUAAAUUUCAAGUCCAAGUCCCAGCUUCAGUGCAAUCUCACACAUCGAGCCAAGAUCAUCUUCUCUUUAAUCGUGUUGGUAACAAGUACUUUCUUUUAAAUUCAUCUUAAAAAUUUCUCACUGUGGAAAAUCUUAAGAAUAUAUCAUAGUUUGCGGAGUUUCUAAAAUUGUCUGUUUACUAUUAAUGAAGAUGAUUUACGUGCGAUUUUGAAAAAUAGGAAGAUAGAGUGGCAUUCCAAAAAUUUGUUUACGUGGUCUCGAUUGCAUUUCGCGCGAGUACUUUGUAAACAUCACGUGCUUUGCGAAUUUUAUCAAAGCAAGCCAUCUUAUCACUUGAAUAAAUUAGAUAAGUAGUAAUGAGUACAACAAGUAACAUCCAAUAACUUCGACGUAUGCGGCUCGAAUCUAUAUACCAUGUCAAAUUCGAAAAAUGUUUUGCGGUCUGCAUGUUUAAUCUCCUGGUGGAACGAUAUUAUAAAUGGUGUAUAAUUAUGUUAUAAACUGAAACGAAGAACCUGAUCUUACUGCGAAAAAUACUAAAAGAUAUUUUUCUCGUUGAAUGUUUUAUACUCGCUAUACAUCACAUCAACUAAUGUGGAAAUCCGCAAUGGGUUCAACUAGUAUACAAGUACAGCCAUGGGGUACUGUAGCUGGAAAGGAAGUAAAAAAGUUUACCAUAAAAAAUUCUAAAAAUCAAGAGGUUGACAUUAUUUCUUACGGAGCAACCAUCAUGGCAAUACGAACUCCAGACAAAGUUGGAAAAAUUGACGAUGUUGUUUGUGGCUUUGAUAACAUUGAAGGAUAUUUAUCGUCAAUCAAUCCAUAUUUUGGAGCAACCGUUGGCAGAGUUGCAAAUCGUAUAGCAGGAGGCCGAUUUACAAUUGAUAAUGUACAGUAUCAGGUUUCAAAGAACAUAGGUAAUGAUACUCUACAUGGAGGGUUUAAAGGCUGGAGUUUUAAAGUCUGGGAAGCCACAAUCGAGAAGGAUUCUGUUGUAAUGGCCCUGCUUAGCCAAGACGGCGAUGAAGGAUUUCCUGGUGCCGUGCUUGCCUCUAUAACGUUUAAACUUACCGAUGAUGGCAAACUGCAAAUUGAGAUGCAAUCUACAACUGCUAAAGCUACACCUGUCAAUUUGACGAAUCACAGCUACUUCAACCUAGCUGGACAUGGAACAAAUGCUGCUGAAAUUUACAAGCAUCAAGUCACCAUGAAUGCAGAUCGAUGGAUAGUUACAGAUGCAGAAAGUAUCCCAACUGGAGAAAUACGUUCUGUUGAUAAGAGCAUAUUUGACUUAAGAAAGCCAACAAUUCUUGGUGAUGUGAUUAACCAAGUACUGGGUGGUGGAUAUGAUUACAACUUUUGUUUACCCGAAUGUACUGAUUUAUCUAAAGAGAACUUUGUUGCUAAAGUAAUUCAUCCUGGUUCUGGUAGAACAUUGGAAGUCUUUAGUAAUCAACCCGGAGUUCAGUUUUACACUGCAAACGGCUUUCCUGAAAGUGGUACUGAAGGUAUUCCAGGAAAGCAAGGAAAGAAAUAUUUUAAACAUGGAGCAUUUUGUCUGGAAACACAAAAUUAUCCAGAUGCUGUAAAUCAUAAAAAUUUCCCAGACAGCAUUUUGCGACCACAUCAUGUAUAUUAUCAUGUUGUCACAUAUAAAUUUGGUGUACAAUCUUAAAUUUUGUAAACAAAGACAAGCCAAAUGUAACCGUGAAUUUGUACUAUUCAAAUAAAAUCAUACUAAAAUCAAAUUUUUUACAACA